ACCGUGGCUGUAUAUUUCCUGAUCUUCCGUAUAGUGUCACCGAUGUUUUGAUUCUCCUGAUACUGGAUCUCUUCGCAUGGUUAAUGGGAAAGAGAAGAGACAAAGAAAUGGAAAACAAUGGUUCUUUCAACCCACAGGAUAUAGGGAUUGAGAAAAGAUUUGCAAAGAAGAAAAAGCAAGAAGCUUCUCAGAUCAAUGCAAAUUCAAUGUUUGCCUUUGUCACUACUUCUGUGUACCAUUCACAUGUGCCCACCUCUGCCUCCUGCCUUGCCCCUAUUGCCAAUGGUGGUUUGUCUGCUAUGCAAGAAAAAGAAACAGUUGGUGGGAAUCAGCUUGCUGGGUAUAUAUUCAUGUGUAAUGGAAAAACAAAACCAGAUUGCUUUAAGUACCGAGUUUUUGGUCUUCCUGCUGCCAGAAUAGAUGUUGUGGCAAAGAUCAAGCCAAGCACAAUACUGUUUUUGUUUGAUUUUAAUUUAAAGAUUCUCUAUGGUGUAUUUGUCGCUGCCUCUAAUGGAAUAUUAGGAUUGGAGCCAAGGGCUUUCGGAGGGAAAUUUUCGGCCCAGGUGAGAUUUGAGAUUUUCAAGGAUUGCUUACCUUUGCCAGAGAUCGCUUUCAAGCAUGUUAUCAAAGAUAAUUACCAGGGGCAUUGCAAAUUUAGACAAGAGCUCAGUAACAAACAAGUAAAUGAUCUAAUUCCAUUGUUCCGGACAGUGGCUGCACGACAAUCAGCACCUGUUGCCCCUCUUAUUCCAAAUACUGUGCCAUCAACAAGAACUCUACCUCCUGGCUUUGAUGAACAAACAACUCUACCCCCAGGCUUCGAGGAACAUGUCCAACCACAUCAAAUCCUCCACUCUUCAAAUGAUCAAUCUGUGGCUGGAUUGCAGCUUACUCCUGCUGGUCUGGCCCCUGCUGUUCAACAUGGUCAACAAGCAGUCACACCUCUUGCAUAUGAACCUCAUGGCUCAGCAGCUCCUGAGGCGUGUUUCCAACCAUCUGUACAAUCUCAGCAUUUUCUGUGUGCAGGCCAACAACCUUAUUCUAACCCAUAUUAUCUUGAGGAAGGUCAUCAAUCAUAUUUUCCUGAAAACCCAUCAUUACCUCCACAUGCCCCAUGUAACAGAUAUGCUGCUGUCCAGGAGAGUAGUGAGAGUGAAAUUGUUCCGCAACUGGGUACAGGAUACAAUCACUACUUCCAGAACUUUGGAGUAACUAAUGCUCCAGUACAACAUGAGGCACUUGCAGCUUCUAAUGCUCCUAUACAAGCUCAUGCCCCAACACCGGAACCGUUCAUGACUCAUUCACAUAUAGGUUCUUCAUCCUCAUCCUCAUCUCUUUCAUCUUCUUAUUGGGUUGGAGUGGCUUCUGAGUACCCAAAUCAGGCCAUGGCUACUUAUUGGGCAGGAGUGGCUUCUGAGAACCCAAAUCAAGUCACUACUGCUUAUUGGGCAGGGGAGGCUUCUGAGGACCUAAGCCAGACCACGGCUGCUUACUGGACAGGAGCUCCCCCGUGAGACCACUAAUCUGGGAGGUAAGAAUGCGCCUGUCGCUCUUGCAAGGAGCAACUACAACCUAUGCUUAUGCAUAACUGGGAGGAUGCACUGCAGUAGUAGCCUUGUUCUCUAUUCUAAUGACUUGCAAUCAACUUCAAUAUUGUGGAAAUUACCCUUUAGAUGAAAUCUGAUGUAAAUUCAAGUUUUCUUUCACUCUAGGAUACAAUAUUUUCUGUACAGACUUUUGGUCAUGGAAGCUUGAAAAUGUUGCCCAUGAAUUGAGGAAUUUUCAGGUCAGGUGCUUUUGGAGUGUUUUGUGAUCGAUACAUGCACCUUUGACAUGAUUUGACGCA